CGGGCGUGAGGAAGAUGGCUACUACCAAGCGUGUGUUGUACGUGGGUGGGCUGGCAGAAGAGGUAGACGACAAGGUUCUUCAUGCUGCUUUUAUCCCAUUUGGAGACAUCACAGAUAUUCAAAUUCCUCUGGACUAUGAAACAGAAAAGCACCGAGGAUUUGCUUUUGUUGAGUUUGAGCUGGCAGAGGAUGCUGCAGCAGCUAUCGACAACAUGAAUGAGUCUGAGCUCUUUGGACGGACAAUCCGUGUCAAUUUGGCCAAACCCAUGAGAAUUAAAGAGGGCUCUUCCAGGCCAGUCUGGUCAGAUGAUGACUGGUUGAAGAAGUUUUCUGGGAAGACUCUUGAAGAGAAUAAAGAAGAAGAAGGACCCGAGCCUCCCAAAGCAGAAACCCAGGAGGGAGAACCCACUACAAAAAAAGCACGGUCAAAUCCUCAGGUUUAUAUGGACAUCAAGAUUGGAAACAAGCCAGCCGGCCGAAUCCAAAUGCUCCUACGUUCUGAUGUUGUUCCCAUGACAGCAGAGAAUUUCCGUUGCCUGUGCACCCGAAAGGGCUUUGGCUUCAAGGGAAGCAGCUUCCACCGCAUCAUCCCCCAGUUCAUGUGCCAGGGCGGUGACUUCACAAACCACAACGGCACGGGGGGCAAGUCCAUCUAUGGAAAGAAGUUUGAUGAUGAAAACUUCAUUCUCAAACACACAGGACCAGGCCUUCUCUCCAUGGCCAAUUCUGGCCCAAACACCAAUGGCUCCCAGUUCUUCCUGACCUGUGAUAAGACAGAUUGGCUGGAUGGCAAGCAUGUGGUAUUUGGGGAGAUCACUGAAGGCCUGGAUGUCUUACGGCAGAUUGAGGCUCAGGGCAGCAAGGACGGGAAGCCGAAGCAGAAGGUGAUCAUCGCUGACUGCGGAGAGUACAUGUGAUGCUGCGCUCGUCCCCACUCUGCACACAGGGACGGGGCUGCCAGGCCGCCGGGGCCUAGAUAGUGCGCUACCAGUGUGUCCUGGGCUGACUAGAGCCAUUUUAUUUGCUAAAAUAAACUAUUUUUUGUACUGUU